AUGUCAGCCACACUGGCAGACGCCGAAGAUCCGACAUACACCCAUUUCGCGCACAAAGAUGCGUUCUUUGGUCUCCUGUCGGACUUCCUCGCGCUGGAUGUGAGCCGAGCUCCGGCGAGAGGGGAAGACGAGAAUGAAGAGGCACUGGUCAAAGACCUUGGAGCUAUUCUGGAUCACUACCUGCCCCUGCCGGGAUUGUUGGACCCCCAUAUCGACCAGAUCAUUCCUCCGUUAAUGGACGCUCUGGCGAAGCAGGUCAUUGCGCUCGCCCAGGAUACGGAGCUGCCUAAUCCCAGUCGUCUCAAUCGACUUGGGAGGGUGAUCAACUGGGUAGUCAAAGUCCGAGGAUGGAAAGCUGUCGUCCAACACUUCCCUUCAACAAUCUCGUACCUCCCCUCACUCAUCGCCAUUCUCUCCCCGCCCACCACGCCCAGCUCGUCCUCGACACCCCUGACGGCACAGCAUCCGCUCAUCGCCCAUCAAGACGCGUGGGAGACUCGAGCGGUCCUCCUCCUCUGGCUCGCCCUGCUCCUUACCGUCCCAUUCUCGCUCUCGGCCCUAUCCGCACCCCACCCGGUCCAAGCUAGUCAAUACGGUAUCGACGCCCCGGCAUCCGCCCUUUUGUUCUCCGCACCGACCUCGGAUCUCUCCCAGCGCGUCAUCCUACUGUCGCUCCCGCUGCUCCAGCGGUCCGGCAAAGAAGGGGCGUACGCCGCGCUCGUCCUGGCCCGGGUUUUCUCACGGACCGAUGCCGUCCAAGGGCUCAGCGGCUUUCUCGGAUGGGCAGGUGCGGAGCUAGAAGAAGGCGACAGGGAGGGAGAAGCCAAUCUUGUCGCGUCGCUUCUGGAGUUGCUGGCGCUGCUGCCGUCAAUGCUGCCCCUCGGCCACCUCGACACUCUGGAUGGAUUCAUGGCGAACACUCUGCUUCCUCAUCUGAGAGGGAGCAGGACAGCGGCCAGCUCGGGUCUGAUACGGAAGUUAGCGAUCAAGGCGAGGGGGAGAUACUGGUUGACAAAGCUGAGCCAAGUGAGGGAGAGUGAAGGGGAGGAAGCGAUUCCAGAAGGACUGGAAGAAGAGCUGGAUGACCUGAUGACUGGAUUAGCGGACAAAGACACGAUCGUUCGAUACUCCUCAGCCAAGUACAUCGCCCGACUUACCGCUGUUCUCCCUGAAGACUUUGCCUCGCAGAUCGUCUUGGCCACUAUCAACCUCUUCCAGGGAACAGAAGACGAGCCGGUCGUCGAGACGCCCUUCGGUACCGUUCUCGACCCAGGUGGGAGCGCUCCGGGCGGAACGAUGGGUUUUGGUGGGACAGAAGGGGCGAACAAGGGGGAGUCGAGGUGGCAUGGUGUCUGUUUGGCUGUUGCGGAGAUGGCGCGGAGGGGGCUGGUCAAAGACGAAGCUGUGGGAGAGGCUGUACAAUGGGUAAUGAAGGCUUUGACCUUUGACAUUCGCCGUGCGACCCAUUCCAUCGGCUCGAACGUCCGCGAUGCCGCAGCAUACGUCCUCUGGUCCCUAUCCCGCGCGUGUCCGCCGGCGACAAUCGCACCAUACGCGGAGGAUAUGGCGACCGGGAUGAUGUGCGCUGCGUGCUUUGAUCGAGAAGUGGGCGUCAGGCGGGCAGCUAGUGCCGCAUACCAAGAGGGAGUGGGGCGAUUGGGUCUGUAUCCUAAGGGAAUAGACGUGCUGGCGAAGUCUGACUUCUACUCGGUGAGCGUGAGAAGGAUCGCCUUCACCAUCGCUGCUCCAGCCAUAGCUGAACAUGCCGUCUACCGUCGCCGGAUGCGGGAUCACCUUCACAAUAUCACUCUUCGACACUGGGACGAAGCGAUGCGGACAUUGGCGGCUGUAGCGCUCAAAGAUCUUUUGAAGCUGGGGGAUGAGGAUGGUCUGAACGACGCGAUUGAGCGAGAGAUCAAACAAGUCCCAUCAAUGGAUGCGAACAAUGUUCAUGGAGGGCUUUCGGCUUUGACUCAAAUAGCGUCACUCUUGAGCGUAACGGACGAUAGACGAGCCAAUAUCUUCCUCGCGCUUGGCUCCAUCCGUCCUGCUGCCCUCGUUUCCCCUCAAGCUGGCCCCAUCAUCAAACAAGCCUGCGACGUCAUUUGCGCCACGCUCAACCAGGCUAUCAUCAAGAGCGCGGGGAGUCAGGCGAUCCUAGACAAGUUCAUCGAGGCGGGAAUGAAGCGGCGGGAGACGGAAUGCCAAGAAGGGGUGGCGGAUGUGUACGGCUGUUUGAGCGCUUUGCGCGACGCGUCGAGAGAGGUCGUCAAGCUUGUUGGUGACCUCAAGGCCACGAGAGCUGUUCAGAAACAGGCGGCAGCGCUGAGUCUCGGACAUAUACGAUAUGACGGGUGUCAAUCGAGCUUGGACAAAUCGGUGGCUGCUUUGCUGGCGCAAUUGGAGGACGGGACAAAGGCGGAUGUGGAGACUCGACGGUAUGCUAUUCGGUCUUUGGCUGACAUCGCUGUCCAGCAAAAUCAGGACGGAGUCAGGCUGGUCGCCGCCGAACAACUGGACCAGCUCAUCUCCGCAAUCACCCUUGCUCUGGCCGAUUACUCGACUGAUCAACGCGGAGACGUCGGAUCCUGGAUUCGCAUUGCCGCUCUCAAUGCCCUGGCGCUGAUCGUACCCGAUAUCGCACAAGCUUCACCUGCUGCACCUGGCAAAUGCCCGAUCUCGCAGAACAGCUUCGACAAGCUCAUGGGUGGUAUCGUCAAGCUGCUCGUGGAGAAGCUGGAACCAGUCCGAGCGGCCGCCGCUCGAUGCUGGGGACUCCUGCGGGCUGCCGGAGUCUCUGAGGUAUGGGUAUGGCCAGAGGGGAAAGUGCUGGAUGUGGAGUUGAAAGAGCCGUACGAGGAGGCAUUUCGGUAUGUCGACCAAAAAGAUUGGUUCGGUCGCACGAUGCCGCUCCUCCGCACCAAGUACAGGGGCGAGCUUAUGGCGGGGCUGGUCCUGUGUAUGGGAAGCCAGAUCGUCUCUGUGUCUGCCAUGGCAUUUGAGCCUUUCCACGCUUACCUGUCGACGCAAGACGCUGCUCAAGCUGGAGAGGAGUCGCUGAAAGAUACGGUGAUGCGAGAUCUCGGUGGCAUCAUGGCCGAAAAUCUUGGCUCGAACAGGGUCUUCGUCCCCUGCCUGGUGACCAGUGCGAAGGUGUUCCGAUCCGGCCUCUUCUCAGACGUUGACGCUUCUCUUGCCGGCCUGUCAAAAAGCUGCACUCGGUUCAUCAGUCUAGCUAGUCGAGGCAUCGACAAGAUGAAGUCUAUCGACCGGAUCAGCGCGAGUAUGGCCGUCGUCAUCGCUGCUCUCAGGCUGAAGGACGCUGGUGUCAGGCAUACAGCAGGAGGCAAUCUUGGGGUCUUUCUCAAGCAUCGCUUUCCCAGAAUCCGGUCAAUGUGCGCAGAACAGCUGUAUCUCGAGCUCUCGGACAUUCAGGACGAGGUCCAUCCCGAACUGGAAGAGGUGCUCAUCGGAACCGUGUGGACCGAAGAUGAAGGCUUCGAAGAGGCGGCGGAUGAGGUGGUCCGCCUUGUGCAGCAAGAACUAGGUCAAUGA